AUGUAUAUUUAAUAUCAAUUUGAAAAACAAAGGAACCUUGACUUAAGUUUUGUCAAUAAUACAAUAUCCAAGAGUUUAGAGUAAUAUAUUCAUGCAAUCUAGAUAAUUAUAUGGAAUUAUAGGGAUGGCUAAAUUCCAAUAUUAGAUUGUCGAGAUUAUUGGAAACAAAGCAAAAAUAGAAAUUGAAUAAGACUUAUUAUAAGAAUUUUGGACAGCAAUUAUACUUUGCUCUGAAUACGGAAAUGUUAAAUAUAAGUGUGUUUUAAUUUAAUGA